AUGAUUUCGCAGCGAGGAAUCGAAGCUAACCCCGCGAAAAUCGAAGCAAUCACCUCCAUGGCUCCGCCAACGUCGAUCAAGAAAGUUCAACAGCUCAACGGCUGUUUGGCAUCCCUUAACAGAUUCAUUUCAAGAUCAGCGGACAAGGCUCUCCCCUUUUUCAAGAUUUUAAGGGGAGGAAAAAAGUUCGAGUGGGAUGAGGCAUGUCAAAAGGCCUUCACAGAGUUAAAGUCAUACUUAGCAUCCCCACCCCUGCUCACAAAACCUCAGCCCGGAGACACCCUCCUACUAUACCUAGCUACCUCAGCUAAUGCCGUCAGCGCAGUCCUCAUCCGAGAUGGGGAAAAGGGCCACCAACCCAUAUACUACAUAAGUCGCGCACUCCAAGGAGCCGAACAACGCUACACCAACAUGGAGAAACUCGCUCUCGCCCUCAUCAACGCAGCUCGGAAGCUUCGACCGUACUUCCAGUCACAUCAAGUGGUGGUUCUCACAAAUUAUCCCCUGAAGCAAAUACUAAGAAGUCCCGAAACAUCCGGGCGAUUAGCAAAAUGGGCAAUAGAGCUAAGUGAAUAUGGAGUGGAGUUCAAACCCCGCCCAGCUAUCAAAGCGCAAAUAUUGGCUGAUUUUUUAGUCGAAAUGACCGGUGUAGAAGAAAGCACCUCUCUACUUACUUGGUCAAUAAGCAUCGAUGGGUCUUCCACUGCCACAGGAGGUGGAGCGGGUAUCGUCCUAACAAACCCCGACGGAGACGAAUUCGAAUAUGCGCAGCGAUUCGAAUUCACAGCCUCAAACAACGUUGCCGAAUACGAAGCACUGAUAGCGGGAAUCCGCCUCGCCCUAGCAGCCGGAGCGCACAAGCUCCUAAUCCAAAGCGACUCUCAGCUUGUCGUCAAUCAAAUACUCGGAAUUUACGAGGCUAAAGAAGACACCAUGGCGAAAUAUUUAGCUCUCGCACACACUCUCUUAUCUAAAUUCGAGAGCUACGAGAUAAGACAAGUACCUCGCUCCAAUAACGUCCACGCUGACAAAUUGGCUAGGCUGGGAAGUUCCAUGGCUAGCAUCGGAAGUCGGAAGGUGACGCUCCUCACCUCACAUCAGCCGAAGAUAACUUCACCCACUGAAGUACAGUACACAGAAGAGGAUGAACCAUGUUGGUUCACUCCAAUCCUGAAGUAUCUCAAGAAGGGAGAACUCCCAACAGAUCCCACCGAAGCACGAAAGUUAAAGACGAGAGCCGCCCGUUUCAUCAUAGUGGGAGAAGAAUUAUACAAACGAGGGUUCUCAUUCCCCUACCUCAAGUGCCUCGACCCAACCACAGCGGAUUACGUACUUAGAGAAGUACAUGAAGGCAUAUGCGGCAAUCACUUGAGCGGGAGGACCUUAGCUCUCAAACUACUGAGGCAAGGAUACUAUUGGCCAACGAUGCAUGAAGACACGAAGAAGUUGGUUCGGAAGUGUAAGCCUUGCCAAGAGCAUGCAAAUAUUCCUCACCUGCCAGCGGCGUUAAUGCAACCAAUUGACAGCCCCAUCCCUUUCGCCCAAUGGGGGAUGGAUCUAGUUGGACCAUUCCCACCCGCCACAGGAGGACGCAAAUACCUCAUUGUAGCAGUGGACUACUUCACCAAAUGGGUGGAGGCUGAACCCUUAGCACGCAUCCGAGAAGAAGAAGUUAUCCAAUUUCUAUGGAAAAACAUCGUGUGCCGCUUCGGAAUCCCACGUUCCAUCAUCUCGGAUAAUGGGACCCAAUUAUGCGGUGACAAAGUAAAAAAUUGGUGCCUCGGCCUAGACAUCAAGCAGUUCUUCACAUCCGUAGCAAAUCCACAAGCUAACGGCCAGACGGAGGUCACGAAUCGCACUAUACUCCAACACCUUAAGACAAGGCUUGGAAGUGCCAAAGGGAAGUGGGUGGACGAAUUGCCUAACGCGCUAUGGGCAUAUCGCACAACCCCACGAGCAGCAACAGGAGAAUCGCCCUUCAAUCUAGUUUUCGGAACAGAGGCUAUCGCACCCGUCGAAAUCGGAGAACCAUCUUGGCGAAUCACCAACUAUGAUCCAAAAGCUAAUGAGGAGGCUAUGCGGGGAAGCCUCGACCUCGUAGAUGAAUUACGUGAAGUCGCAUACAUCCGGCAACAGAUGUAUAAAUCACGCAUGGCUAAGGCAUAUAACUCAAAGGUCCGCCCUCGCUCCUUUCAAGUUGGAGAUUUAGUCCUCCGAAAAGCUGAAGCCUCUCACCCCAUCGGUAAGCUCGACCCAAAGUGGGAAGGACCGUAUAAAAUCACCAAAGUCGUCAACACCGGAGCAUAUCGCCUCGAGAACACUGACGGACACCCUAUACCCAGAACUUGGAAUAUAGGGAACCUCAAACGGUUCUACGCCUAA